ACCUGCUCAGAGAGGAGCCCCCAGCUAGUCCCAGCCCCCAGUGUUGCCGCCUCCCUCUGCCAGCCUGGGGCAUGAAUCCCCUUCAAGGGAGGUGUUGUGGGAAUCCAGCAGGGGCAUGUAACAGAGGGUGUAUAGGGGCUCCCCUCCUGCCACCUCCAAAGUCACCUGAUGUUUCCUCCUGGGAGCCUCCCGGUGUCCUGCUGGCCUGCGGGAGGGCCACCCUGCGCUGGCUUGAGGGUCUGCCUUCCCCUGCUGACCCAGCACUGUCCUGGCUGCCUCCUGGACUGUCCAUCCUUGUGCCGAGGGCCUCCUGGAGCUAGGCCCACCAAGCGGGUCACUGGAGCAGGCCAGGGAACCCUACUUCUGGAUACAGACUCUGCCUAACCAGCUCUGAUGCCGGCCCCAGCUCCAAGGACUGAGGCCCUUUCGCUAGGAGUUGGCAGGGUCCCAACCUGUCCCUAGGAGCCAGCCCAGUCCCUGAAUCUUCUGGUCUCGGCUGCAGAGCAUCAGAGGAACUGUGACCACUGGCUGGGGGUUGGGUGGCUCCCAAGGGACCCUCUCCUAAGGUCCCAGGGUGGGAUUCAUUGCCCCAAAUCAGCUGCUGGCACUCAGCUCAGUUGGCCAGGUACCAGGGUUAUUAGCUCAUCCCAUGGGGGGGGUGCAGGGGAUGUAGGGCUGGCACGGCCUCUGAUCCUCAAGUCUGCCACCUGGCAUCCACUCCCUAGCCACUGGCAAAAUGCCGGCGGAAAGCAAGCCCUACAAGUGUCCCGGCUGCGAACGAGGCACAGUGUAGCAUGCACAAACGGUGGCCUCACCAGGUAUGCCCAGAGCUGAGGACUCCCUAGCUGCCGGGACACUAUGGUCAGAUCCCUGGUCAGAUUGGGGUGGGGAGAAGCCCCUGAGGGACACCUGCCAGCUCUUGGAGCAACCCUAGUGCUCCCAGGAGGACAGGGUGCAGGAAACGGAAAGAGUUGCCUGUGCUGGGCUCCACGUGGAGCACGGGCUCCAGCUUCCUGGAGCUUCUGGGAGCCCAGCCAGGAAGGCGAAAAGCCCAUUUUCUAGCUCUGGAGAAGUCAUGAGUCCCAGGUGACAGUCAGGGGACUUGUAACAGAGGCCAGUAGGACUGAUCCUAAGAGCGUGGCCCCUUCUGUCCCCCUCCCCUGGAGGGAACAGCAGGUCCCCUUCAGGGGACGUGCCCAUCCCCCAGGAAGCCACGCACUUGUUCAUUCCACAGCUUUUCCCUUAAUCUGUGCCUGUGGCCUCUGCCAGCCAGCAGUGGGGAGCCGCUGCGGAGAGGGAGGAGAGUGGAGCUGAGGGAAGGGCAGGGGAGGGGGUGCUCCUUCCUGCCCCCUCCCCGAUUGGCGGCCUGGGAAAAGGCAGCAUAUUGAGGCGCGGGGCUCCCGGCCUCAGGCCCCGGGAUGCUAAUGAGGGCGAGCGCGUUCCCACAGCCCGGACAUUGUGCCGCGCGGCCCACCUGCUCCUUGGGGAGCGCCCAUUGUGCCCGCGCCAAUUCACAGGCAAUUUAGCGUGCGCUAAUGGGCCGGCGCCUUUGUGCGGCCCGCGCGGCCAUUGGCCGCGGAGUGUGGGAACAGCCGCGGCGCUCGGACCCCAGGCGCCAGGCCGCCACCCGCGCCUAUAUAAGGGGAGCCGGCGCGCCGGGCCAGUGUCCGCGCCAGCCCCGGACGCGCUUGGCCCUGCCCGCUCCCGCUCGCCCUGCCCGGCCUUCCCGCCUCGCCUCCUCGACUCCUCCACGCCUGGCACCCGGCAUGGCCCCCAGCACCGUGGCCGUGGAGCUGCUCAGCCCCAAAGAGAAAAACCGAUUGCGGAAGCCCGUGGUGGAGAAGAUGCGCCGCGAUCGCAUCAAUAGCAGCAUCGAGCAGCUGAAGCUGCUGCUGGAGCAGGAGUUCGCGCGGCACCAGCCCAACUCCAAGCUGGAGAAGGCCGACAUCCUGGAGAUGGCCGUCAGCUACCUGAAGCACAGCAAAGCCUUCGUCGCCGCCGCCGGCCCCAAGAGCCUGCACCAGGACUACAGCGAAGGCUACUCGUGGUGCCUGCAGGAGGCCGUGCAGUUCCUGACGCUGCACGCCGCCAGCGACACGCAGAUGAAGCUGCUGUACCACUUCCAGCGGCCCCCGGCCGCGCCAGCCGCGCCCGCCAAGGAGCCCAAGGCGCCGGGUGUCGCGCCCCCGCCCUCCGCCAAGGCCACCGCUGCCGCCGCGCGUCAGCCCGCCUGCGGCCUCUGGCGGCCUUGGUGACCCGGCGGGACCUGCGGGCGCGCGGCCGGAAGACCAGAGGGCAAGUCCGCUCCUCUGGCCCAUAGGGAAGCGCCUUCCCGCCGCCGUCCGCCCCGGGCUCGGACGCUCCCUUCUCCGGAAGGCUCCGGCCCCAGGCUGGCCGGCCCGCAGCAGUCCUAUUCUCAGAGAAUGUGUGUGCAGAGUCCCUGCCGUUUAGGACAAUCAGGGCCCAGCUUCUGCCAAGUGUCUGACCCCAUGGGGUUGUUCUGUGUUUGCAUUUAAGCAAGUGACUUCUGCGAAGUCCCCGGCCGCCGGGGGUUCUAUGAUAUUUGUAGCGCUGGGACUGGCACGCUGGUGCCCCCAGCCGUAGAGGACUUUCUUCAGGGCCCGUUGCUGCUGGGCGCACCCCUGGCAGGCGGGCUGUGCCGAGGGCACAUUUGCCUUUUGUGAAGGCCGAACUCAAGCUGUAUCCUCAUAGGAAACGGUGAUCAGCCUGGACUGGCGUGGAGGACCCUGUGGGCCGUGGCCAAAAGGCUCUGAAUGUGCCUGGCGGUCUGGCUGGGGCUCACAGUGGACCGUCUAGGGAGGGUGGGUGCCUCCACUAUGAUCCUUAAAGGAUUCCUCUGUGUGGGUGGGUGCACGUGGGCACGACUUUGUACUCAGAAAUUGAACUCUCGGUCACGUGGAAGCUACGGGACUGCUCUGAAGCCGAUAAUAAAAUCUGACUGUUCAGCCCCC